AUGGACAAAGGAGAAUACAAUAGCGAUGAUGCUCAGCUGGCCCAGAUGGGCCAUAAGUCUGAGCUGAAGCGAAACUUCUCGCUGAUCUCAAUGCUGGGUCUUGCUUUUGCCAUUCUAAAUGCAGUCACUGGCCAAACAAUAUUCUACCUGACAUUUCUCUUCGCGGAGCUGCCCUCUCAGCUUAUAUCGAAAUGGGUUGGCCCCGAUCGCUGGAUUCCCGUGUAA